GGAGCCUGCCGUUUUGCAUCGCGUCGAGCCACAUCGUCCGUUCCCUCGACCCCCCGCCAUUCCGCCGAGAGAGGGCAGAACCCUAGCGCCUCUCGCUCCUCCGGCCGCCGACCUCCGCCGCUCCCGACCGUCCACCCACGCCUCAUCCGCGGUGUCCCUCCCGUUGCCCCCUCCCCUUCCACGGGCACGAUCGAUCACAUAUCCUCCGGAAGAAACACGAGAGGCGACGCCGCGCGGAGGACAUAAUUUUGGGGGUAGUCUCAUCAUUUUUGGGUGCAGCUGCAAAAAGUUGAAGGAAACUGAUAGAAAUGACAUCAGAAGGGAAUAAAGCGACUGCACCUAGUGAUCAGCCUCCCAUUGAGCAGUUGGUAAGCUCUGGUGCAAAGCGUAAGCGUGGCCGCCCAAGGAAAUAUGAGCAUUCUACAUAUGAACAACCUCAGAUGGCACAUCCUGUUCGGAGCAUGUCACCUGGUCGCAGGGUACUAUAUAACUAUAAUAUGCACCAUGGUGGGGUACAUGCUAACCAUACAUCAGGUGGCAGUGUUGGCCCUAAAAUGCAUACAGUUUAUGUGCUGCCUGCACCGAAAGCCCAAGGUGAUAGGUCCAGUCGACCUAGAAAUUCUGCUAAUACAGUUAAGGUUCAUGAUAAUCAAGCCACCAAUUAUAGUAGUGCUCAUGUGGAAGGCAAUUCAAGCACUGAUGCUAAUAUUGGGAAGCGUUUUGUUGGCAAGAUGGCCAAUAAAUGUCCUGGGUUUUCUCUUAUUACGGUUAAAGUGAAGGACAAUCAGGUGCUCCAAGGUUGGAUCCCUGAUGUAAACAACCUACGCCCUAUAACACCGAGGGAUGAUCUUGUCCCUGAGCUCCCCAUGCUUCGACCAAGUAGUGUUAAAAAGAAAAAAGCAUCUGCAGUCCACAAGCAAGCUCCUCCUCCCUUGCCAGUUCACUUGGAGGAUGUUACAAUUGCAAGGCCUCUUCAGAUGAGGAGACCUGUGGAGAAAUCUAUUGCUACGAACAUCAUCCCCACCACUCCAGGAGUUUACAUUAGUCCUGGUGUUGUUGCAGCAGCACCUGUUUCAGUUCCAUCCAGCUAUGUGGAAUCAUGGCCUUUACCCAAGCAAGUCACGGGACCUAUUAGGCCAGAACCAUCAGCUACUGUGGUUCCAGUUAAAUUCGCUCAACCUGUAUCGAUAUCAUGCAGGCAAGUGGCGAAUGAAGAUGUGCUUGUUGAAGGGAAAUCUGUUACUGAGGCUACCAGCGAUUCUGAAUCUUCAAAUGGAAGCGAUGAGUCAUCAGCCCAAAUUCAGCGUGUUGAUCCAGCUGCCAUCAAUGAGAUCGAUAUUACAUCAGGUUCCAAAGUACAGUCAGAUGCUUCUGAUAACAAUCAGCAUAUUUGUAAGGAAUCAUCUGAUAACAUGGAACAAUCUGAGCAACCGCAGACAGAGACUAACAUCCUGAAAGGAGUUGAUGGCUCAAACCUAGGAGCCUCAGAUUUGUUUCCUAGAAGCACAAUAAAUGAGUCACCGGAGAUCCUAACCGCACCAUAUCUGCUCUGACAUGCGCGCGUGAUGAUGCUCAUUCUGUCAAUGAGGAAGAUGCAAUGAAGGUUGACAGCAAAUGAAAGCAGAGGUUGACAAUGACGACAUAUAGAUCCAGCUGGUUGGUGAUAGCUUACACUCUAGAAUAUUUCUGGCGAGUUUACAAGAAUCUCACAACCGAAAGUGGAGUCUUUUUGUGAAUGGCCGAAUGCUAGAGCAGACUAAUAUCAUUCAAUUUUACUACAUUAUUCCUUUUUCAAGUACUAUGUGUCGACAGGUUCGACAGAGGUCGAAAACUGCAAAAAAAAGUUUUACAUAGCAAUGAGAAACAGGGAAAACUCCUAUUUA